AAUGUCCAUCGAGCUCCUGAAAGUGCGAACUCGAUUCUUCCGAUGGGAAGUGGGCUGUGAAGUGAGUUGGUGGAAUUGGUGGAAGAGGUGGUGAACGAGUUGGGAUCAGGAUCAAAUUGGACAGUGAUAUCUAGAAGAAAUGGGACUGGCGGAGAGAGAGGCCGAAAUGCAGGAGCUGGAAACCUCGAGACCCGGCAGAUCGCGAGAUCUCUUUGGCGUGCAGCUCGAGGUUACCUCUUUACUUUUAGAAGGUGAACGCAGAAAACUUGCGGUCCUCCAGAGGGAACUGCAAGUUGCUCUUGAAGAAGGGGGAAGCGUGAAAGUUAAAGAAAAGCAACGACAGGAAUUGCUGCACGCCAUAUCGAAAAUUCAAGGACAGCACGAACAGCUCGACAAGGAAUAUAGGAUCCACGCUGCCGGUGUUCUCUUAUGCAACUCGAGGGGUUCCGGAAGGUAAGCGUUUUGUCAUUAUUCUUUCCUCCCUUGGCCAUGAUUUACCGAAGAUAAAUAACCCCCUCGAUCAUCGCAAACGCGAUCUAUUAUUUGUUAGAGCGCAAAGCACUGAGGCCACCCGUCCUUCCGCUAUUUUAACACUCGAUUCUUCCUUGAAUAAAUUCGAUCGAUCGAUCGAACCCUCCCCCUCCUUGCCAACGAGAGGCCAACGAGAAUACCGUGGCUUACGUGGCUUUUUAAGAAAUUGGAUAUUCCUCGGCUUUUUAAAGAUUGUGUUGCAUUGAUUUA